UGUUUGGGUGUGUGUGUGUGUGAGUGAGUGAGUGAGUGUGUGGCGCUUGGACGGAGGAAAGUUUGUCCCUGGAUCAGACAGGACAGGGUUGUAUUGGGAAUACGGUCAGAACUCGUGAACAGUGGAUCCUACUUCCUGUGUACUGUGGUGUGAGCGCGUGAAUGCGCGUGUCGGGGCGGCGGCGGAGGCGGUGGUGGUGGCGCGAGACGGAUCUUCUCUCUGCCCGGUUCAGUGUGUCUCAGCUCGCCUGAGAUGGGGAAGGAGCAAGAACUGCUGGAGGCGGCGCGCACCGGGAAUGUGGCCGCCGUGGAGAAGCUGCUGAGCGGGAAGAGAGCCACGUCCGGUGGUGGCGGCGGCGGAGGAGGAGGAUUUGGUGGAGGAGGAGGCGCGGGACACGGCUCGAGCGGCGGCGUACACAGCGCGAGCGCUCACGCGCUCUCCAGUUUACUCAGUAUUUGGAGGGUCCCUAAUGUGAACUGCGUGGACAGUAACGGAUACACGCCUCUCCACCACGCCGCGCUGAACGGACAUAGUGAGGUGGUGGAGUUGUUAUUAAAGAACGAAGCCGUCACUAACGUAGCGGAUCACAAGGGAUGUUAUCCGCUUCAUCUUGCUGCCUGGAAAGGAGAUCAGCGCAUCGUCCGUCUGCUCAUCCACAAGGGGACGUCAUAUCCCAAACUCAACGAACAGACUCUAGACCACAGAGAAUUCAAACGCUGUGGCCCGUUUGACCCCUAUAUUAAUGCCAAGAACAACGAUAAUGAGACGGCUCUGCACUGUGCGGCGCAGUACGGACACUCUGACGUGGUGCGUGUGUUGUUGGAGGAACUGACCGACCCCACCAUGAGGAACAACCGCUUUGAGACUCCACUGGACCUCGCUGCACACUACGGUCGCCUCGAGGUCGUCAAGCUGCUGUUGUGUGCUCACCCCAACCUGCUCAACACACACACACACACUCUAACACAUACGCCGCUUCACCUUGCCGCACGCAACGGACACCUGCCUGUUGUAGAGGUGCUGCUCGGCGCCGGAAUGGACAUCAACUACCAGACGGAGAAAGGCAGUGCCCUGCAUGAAGCUGCUCUUUUUGGGAAGACAGAAGUGGUACAGAAGCUGCUCAAUGCAGGGAUUGACGUGAAUAUUGUGGACAGUAAGAACCGCACAGCACUGGACAUUGUGAAGGAAAUGCCAUCUCAGAAAAGCCGUCAGAUUGCUGCUCUCAUCCAGGCUCAUAUGAGCGGUCAGCCUCCUGAGCUCCCGCCUCCUCCAGUGCUGCCAUCCCAAGAGAACCUAAGAAGGGGUCAAGAUGUGUGUGUCGAUGUGUCUGAAGAAAGCCCAUAUGAAGCGCUGUUUGAAGCCUCGUCAUGUCACUCGUUGGACAGUUUGGCCAGCGGGAAAUCAUCAGAUCGAGAUUCAGGAAGACCAGAGAGUGAAGCGGGCAGGUCGUUUGUGAAAGACCGUCCUCCGCCACCGUCCCACUGUGGAGGAACAGCACACGAGGAAGAGCUCAGCUCUGAGGCGGUCUACACCAGCAGUAGUUUGGAUGAGAGAGUGGAAGAUGAUGACGAUCAUACAUACGAAACGCUGCACACAGCACAGACCAAACACCCCAAUGAGACACAAACGGAUAAGGAUUCUCCUGCCAAGUCUUCCAACAACCUCUUACCUCAGCAAUGGAAGACAACUACACCUGAUGAUGUUCGUCCUCCUGGCUCAAACACACACUUCCUGAAUCAUCCAGACGGCUCAGCUGUGCCCGAGCAGUUCACCGGUCUUCUUCACGGAUCUUCGCCUGUCGUUGACACGCGUGAAGGAGCGGCGCCUUCGCAAUUGCCCUCUGACCGAGGGUCCCCUAAGUGCCCGCCACCGGAUUCUAUGGCAACCGUCCGGCCCGACCCGGACCCCAAGGCUAUCUACGCUACUGUGAACAAAGAGCCACGCGACUCGCCGAGCCGGAACCGUCCCGGAGACCUGAAGCUCUCUCGCAGUCUGUCCAAAUCUGACUCUGACCUUCUGUCGACCCCGCCCACCGAGGAGGAGGCGGGGCUGAGCGGCCGCAGCGAAUCCAUGUCCAGCUGCAGCGCUGCCAAACGGAGGAUGGAGAAAUCGCCAUCGUUCACGUCAGAGUGGGACGAGCAGACACAGAGGUGUUACUCGUCCGAUCGGCAGAGACACUCGUCCUCACACAGCAUCGAGAAGAUCAUGACGCUAAUCGGAGCAGGGUUCGACUUCCCUAAAGAGCAGGAGAGCAGCUUAACAGGGCUUGGGAUGAUAUGUGAUCAGUCAGUAGGGGACUGGCUGGAGCGCACCGGCCUGCCACAGUACGAGAGCAAACUUCUGUUAAACGGCUUUGACGACCUGAGAUUCAUGGGGAGUAACGUGAUGGAGGAGCAGGAUCUGAAGGAGAUCGGGAUCACAGAUGCGACUCACAGGAGGAAACUUCUGAAUGCUGCUCGCACACUGCCCAAGGUUAAAGGAUGCGAGGGCAGUGUGUCUCUCUCUUCUUGGUUGGACUCAUUGGGUCUAAGUGAAUAUCUACACAACUUCCUGCAUAGUGGCUACAACACACUUGAAGCGGUGAGGAACCUGUGGGAGCUCGAGAUAGUCAAUGUGCUGAAGAUCACCUUGCUGGGUCACAGGAAGCGUAUUAUCGCUUCAUUAACUGAGCGAUUAUAUGAUGAGCCACCAGUGAAACCACCUCGACUUUCUCAGAUCAGAUGUCCUGAUCUGACGCCUCAGGCGUCCUCCUCUGCUCUGGCUCUAUCAGACUCAUACACACAUCCCUCCAUGGAUCCUGCAGGAGAUUCUGGGAGGACAAAAGACUAUGAGCUACCAGUCAAAUCCAGAGCACAGGAGAGGUAUGAUGAUCAGCGAGCCGACUCAAGGUUGACCCUGCGUCCCCCCAGUCAGGCAGCUCCGUCAGCUCCUGUACAAAACUGGCAUCACAAACCAGAGAAACUCAUAUUUGAGUCUUGCGGCUACGAGGCUAACUAUUUAGGCUCCAUGCUCAUUAAGGACCUGAAAGGAACAGAGUCCACACAGGAUGCCUGUGCUAAAAUGAGGAGGUCUACAGAACAGAUGAGGAAGGUUCCUACCAUCAUCCUCUCUAUCACAUAUAAAGGAGUCAAGUUCAUUGAUGCUGCUAAUAAGCACAUCAUAGCAGAGCAUGAGAUCAGGAACAUCUCUUGUGCAGCUCAGGAUCCAGAGGAUUUGUGCACGUUCGCCUACAUCACCAAAGACCUGCAGACCGAUCACCAUUACUGUCAUGUCUUCAGCACGGUGGACGUGAAUCUGACCUAUGAGAUCAUCCUGACUCUGGGACAGGCAUUUGAAGUGGCCUAUCAGCUUGCUCUUCAGGCUCAGAGGACCAAUCAGAAGCAGAAGAAAAGUUUAGCAGUUGGGGCGGAGUCAGAGAUCAACACCAAGAGUAACAGACCAGUGCCUAAACCACGUGGAGGGGCACAAAAGCCAGGGGUGGAGUCUGCAGAGGACCCUGCAUGGCUUGUGGAGCCCACAGAUCCCAAACAUACUGUCAGCACCAAUGGGCGUCGGCCACUGUGAGGCUUUAUGGGCGGAGUCAGGUGGCCUUCCUCUUCCAUCUGAACUGAAACGCGAGUUCCAAACCAAAACACUCCCCACAGCCAAGGACACAGAUGUGAGGCGUUGUGGAUUUCUGGACCUCUACGACAUUCUAAAGUUUGCGUGAUGCUUCCUGAAAGAGGAUUUUGCUCCAGUUGUUUCAGACAUUUCUGCUGCAAGGGUUUUAAUCCCGCACUGUGACGAAACACGAAUCCGUCUGAGAGUACGGCUCUGUCCCGAACGCUGGAAUUAUAGUGACUUGUUAACGUCCAAAACUAAACACGACACAAUACGAUAGAUGAGACUUUAUUUUAUAUUCGCAAGUUCGUGUGGUUUAACCCAUAAUGUACUACUGAGAAAUUCUGUUUAGCCUGCCAUGAAAUAACGGGCUAAUUUAACACUUAGCGGUUAUCAAGCUGCUGAUUUAACUCACUAAAUAAGACGCUUUAGCUAGCUAUUUUGGGACUGAGCCUGAGGCUUGUUUUCUUUUCUUUUGUAGCAUUGAUUAAUCACUGCACACGCAGCCUCUAAAUCUGCACACACUUAAACAUAUCACUUUUACAUUGUGCUGGCUUUUUAAACUUAUUGUUUUUACCAGAGGUUAAGCCUUAAGUGUUUGUCAGUGUUUGAGCCACAUGUAGCAUCUCACACACACUCACACACACACACACACACACACACACACAUUCAUUAGAAAUGAUACUGAUAUAAAUAGUAAAAUAGACUAUUUUGCAAUAACAGAAUCUCGUGUGUGUGUGUGUGUGUGUGUGUGUGUGUGUGUGUGUGUGUGUGUGUGUGUGUGUAAAGUAUCCUGUAAUUGAAUCAUUAUAUGUCCUAGCAAUGUAAUCACUGCUCCCUUGUACAAAUCUUGUACAGACCUUUUGCGCUAAACGUGAACUUUUCCUCCCGUAUUUUUCUCACAUCAAUAUUGUACAGAAAAGAACAGACGAAAUGUUUUUUUUUUUUCCUUAAACAUUAGUUUUAGACACAUUAUUUGAUCGAUCUCUUUUUAUUCUUGUACGGAAUGUUUUUUAUACGUUUAGUUGACACGGAGCAGUUACACGGCAGGUAGCCGGAGCAGACAGGGUCCCUCUCCCACCUCAGCCAAUCAUGUUACAGCUCGUACUGCUUUAUUAAUAUUCAUGACCUGGUGCUGGAGCUGGUUCUGAGUUCUGGCUUCAUAACGCUUCAUAACCCUGCAGUGUCAAAUCACGCCACAUUUGUGCAUGUUCGCUAGUGUCCUUAAACGCCACUGUAUUAACGAAGGCUUCUGUAACCGUGACAACAGAGUUUCAGUUCUGCCUCAGCGCUUUAAGAAUCUUUCCAUCUUUCCUUCAUUUUCAUUGCAUCCUUUUUUUUAUCCUGUGAGCAAACAGACAUGUUUCCUUUUUUGUUUUUGUUUUAAAAUAUAUAUAUAUAUAUAUAUAUAUACAUACAGAUUUCUAACCCUGUGUGUGUCUGUGUGUGUGUGUCUGUGUGUGUGUGUGUCUGUGUAUCUCUGUGUCUGUGUGUGUUUCUGUCUGUAUGUGUGUGUGUGUGUCUGUCUGUGUGUGUGUCUGUCUGUGUGUGUGUCUGUCUGUGUGUGUGUCUGUCUGUGUGUGUGUCUGUCUGUGUGUGUGUCUGUCUGUGUGUGUGUCUGUCUGUGUGUGUGUGUCUGUGUAUCUCUGUGUGUGUCUGUGUAUCUCUGUGUGUGUCUGUGUAUCUCUGUGUAUCUCUGUCUGUGUGUGUGUGUCUGUGUGUGUGUGUGUGUGUGUGUGUGUCUGUGUAUCUCUGUGUGUGUCUGUGUAUCUCUGUGUGUGUCUGUGUAUCUCUGUGUGUGUCUGUGUAUCUCUGUGUGUGUCUGUGUAUCUCUGUGUGUGUCUGUGUAUCUCUGUGUCUGUGUGUGUGUCUGUGUGUGUGUAUCUUCCCCUCUUCCUAUAGCUGAACAUGAUGCCAAAGCCCACAGGACCAGUAGCACAACUUACACAUCACCACUUUGGGGUGUGUGUGUGAUGCAUUCUUCUAUUGUCCUCCCAUCUGUCAUCAAACUGCCUCAGUACACAUACACACACACACACACACACACAUACACAGAGGACACCUUCAUCUCCUUCUGCUACACUGGAUGAUUGUUACUGUUUUGUUUGUUUAUUUGUUUGUUUGUUUUUUUCAUAUCUCAAGUCAUGGGAUUUUGUGAUGCGAGUUAAUAAUAUAAAAUAUUACUGUGCACUACACCACCACUGUGGGCGUGUCACAAACCGCUUUACCUGGUGUGAGGUCCUACACGCCACCGUGUGUCGUUCAGACUCUAACUUGUUAUUGUGACACCGUACACGUCAUUCAGACGCCGUUUAAACGUCACGUCGUCGUUUGAACGACUGACGCCGAUCCCCCUGAUACCGACUUUCUGUAAUUGUGCCUCACGCUCUCACUAGUGCUCUCGGUGUAGCGCUCAGACCGUAGGACACGUUACCGGACGUCUGGGCCUAGUGAACUUUUUACCUGACGUUUUAACGGUACGAGGCUUUUAAUCUAAAUAAAAAAGUAAGAAAGAAUGAAAAACGCUCCAGUGAACCGAUCCCAAGCCCUCACGCUGUAAUCAGAUUAUGAAGUAUCAGGAAACGUACCGAAAUCCAAACAUGACACUUGUAAAGGCUUAAAGUUUAAAAUCAGAUGAUAUCAGAGACACUUUAGAAAGACUUUGGAUUAGAAAUGUGGGCGUGUCUUAAAGCACAUGCUAAUCUGCAAGCUUACAAUCAAUCACGUUUCCAUAGAGAUGAUUUUACUUUGCCAUUACAUGUGUUCAAUAUAUUAAAGCAUUAAUGGUACUUUGGUACAUUUGUGUAAAGUGACACUAAAAUCUCUCUGUGUCUGUGUGUGUGUGUGUGUGUGUGUGUGUGUGUGUGUGUGUGUGUGUGUGUGUGUGUAUAGAAAUCAGAUGUUUCGUUAUAUUUUUAAACGCCUUGUGAGUAGCAGGGCUUGCUGAACAAGUUGGAGAAGAUGCUGAAAUUGACGUGUGUGUUUGCGCACGUGUGUGUGUGCACGUGUGUGUGGAAGAUGCUGAAUCUAGAACAGUGCGGUACUUUACACAUCUAGUCUUAGUUUACAGAAAAUUAAAGUUAUUUUAGGAUUUUAAAUCUGAUGGUGUUGGUACGGUGCUGAACACAGGCAGGGCAGAGCUAAAGCUAACGAGGCUAACGUCAGCACUCCUCUUUGUUUCGUGAGUAUUUUUAAUGAUUCUGAGCGAUUUUUGUUAAAGAUGUGAACAAUAAUAGACUGUAAAGUAAUCAGUGUGUAUUUUGAUACUUGAAUAUGAUUCUGCUUUUAUAGCUGCCUCCCUCUCUCUCUCUCUCUCUCUCUCUCUCUCUCUCUCACUCUCUGUCUCUCUGUACAUGUAUUUACUCUUAUGUAAGAGUAUGUAAGGGUUAUGUUGUUGUUUUUUCCUUAAAUCUGCUCAUGUAUUUUUCUUUUCCCCCAAGCUCAGUGUAUCAGGGUGUGUGUUUUGUUUGUGUGUGUGUGUGUGUGUGUGUGUGUGCGCGUGCGUGCAUGUGUGUGAUAAGACCGAGUGAAUCCUCACUACAGCAUGAAAAUGAGCGUGUAAAUAAUCUUGGGCUUCCAGUUUUUCUUUUUUAUUAUUAUUAUUGAUUGUUAUUAUUAAUAUUAUUAUUUUUCAUAAUCUGUACAUCUAAUAAAUAAAUGAAAUCAUUUACUCAAAUUUCA